UAUUUCUGGAAACCGUUUAAGAAGUUGGCCUGCACACCCAAGAAAAUUUCAAGUCUCUCAACUCACUGCCUUUUACUCUGUCUUAUUUAGACUCACAGUGAUGAAUUGGAUUCCAUCCAAAAAUGUCUAUGUGGUAACUAAACCUCAUGCUGUACUCAUGUACAAAUUGGGGAUGGGCUUACCAGUGGAUUUUGGUAAACUGUUCUUUGAUACUAUUGGUCAUCUUGCCCAGAAAAUUUCACCCUCCACUCAUCUUCCCUAUCCUUCUCUCAUCUACUCCAUUUUACUCUCUCAAAAUUUGGGCCAAGAUGACUCAGAAUAUCUUCACACUCCACAAGGCAUGAUCACUGUUUCUCAAAAUUUUCUGAGAGCUCCUCAUGUUCAAGAUCUUCCCUGGAAUGGAGAUAAUUUUCUCUCAACUGAAUCAAGUCAAAAUAACAUUGGUACUGAGGGUGUUGCACCUCAUGUUGACAACACUUCUAACCUUCUUGUGUCUGUUCCUAGAGAUCUUCUAUUGCAGCAGCUUACUCAUUCUCUAGCUCAGAUUACCUAUCAUCAGUCCAUGGUGUCUCACCCUUUGGAUGCUAGAGGCAGAGAGCAAGGAGUUAAUGAAGAGGAAGCAAAGAAAGAGGGUGAAGCUCAAGGAGCAGAAGAAAGCAGUGGAUCUAGUGAUGGAGGAGCAGCAGCUGAUACUGAGGAGACCUUGGAGACUCUGGAUAUUUUACUUUAGAUUGUUUUCAUGAACAAUAUUCUGUUUUUGUUUGUGUUUUGUUUAUUUUCCCUCUGAACUUUUGUUUAGGACUGCACUUUG